UGUCGACGGCGAAGUUGUUAUUUAUUGUGGUCUUGUCAUUCAGCAUCAAGCAAAAUCUAAAAUAACUUUUUUACUUUUCUUUUUUUAACAGUUUUAUUUACGAAAUUCUUUUCGUCUUCUAACAAAGGUUAAACAAGUGCACUGUUCAUGGCUGAAAUGAACGACAACAAAAUGAUUGUAGACGAUAACGAACCUACAACUUUUGGACAGCCACUUAGCAAUUUCUUAUUACAGCUAGAAGACUACACUCCAACUAUACCGGAUGCAGUAACCGCUCACUUCUUACGAAAUUCUGGAUGUGAUGCAAAAGAUCCAAGAUUAAUUCGAUUAAUAUCUAUUGCAGCUCAAAAAUUUAUUUCUGAUAUUGCAAAUGAUGCCCUUCAGCAUUGUAAAAUGCGUUCUAGUAAUUCGUCAAGUAGUCAUAGCAGCUCCAAGGGAUCAAAGGGAUCAAAAGAUCGACGUUACUGCUUAACAAUGGAAGACUUAAUUCCAGCAUUGGCUGAAUUUGGAAUUACUAUCAAGAAACCUCACUAUUAUGUUUAACUGGAUAUUACAAUUUGCUUUCUAGUUCUAAAGUAAUUAUAAAAAUAAAGUUUGAUUUUCAAUA